AUGGGGGGGAUUGCUGUGGUUCUUGCUGGUAUAGGGGUGACCAUGACUCGAAAAAUUGGCAAGGCUUGUUACGACGCUGUGUUCCGACAGUUGGUGCUGUCCGCCGAGUUCAACAGCCGCGAUGAUUCCUUUCGAUGGAUCAUUUCCUGGCUCUCUGAACACCCUGCCGUCUCUGAUGGCAAGCAGUUUGCUGUCUUCACCUCCCUGCGCUACUUGGGGCCAGCAGGCAGGGAUCUGGACAGGGACGAGAAGAAGGAGGAUGUCUACCUGUUGCCGACGGGUUGGACCAUGAUCAGGCACAAGAAGCACUGGCUGGUGGUCUCCCGGGAGCAGGGGGAUGAGAAGAGUGGCGGGAGUCCAAAGGAACGAGAGACGCUGACGAUCUACAUCAUCGGUGGGAGCAAGGAGGAGCUGCUGUCCAUUGUGAGGGAGUCGAGGCUGGCGUACGAGGCCAAGGAGAAGUCGAGGACAAGCAUCUUCGUGGCGGACGAGUACUCGAGCUGGAACAAGAUCGCCUCCAGAAUCUCCCGCCCCCUCGACUCGGUCGUGAUCUGGCCCCCGGAGAGAGCUCAGUGGAUCUUGAACGACUGCGUGCGGUUCAUGCAGGCUGAGGAGUGGUACGCGUCAAGAGGCAUCCCUUGGCGACGAGGAUACCUCCUCUAUGGCCCUCCGGGCACCGGCAAGACCAGCCUGGUCUCUGCCCUGGCGGGAGAACUGAAGCUACCCAUCUACGUUGUCUCCCUCUCCAGCUCGAAGCUCACGGACGAUUCGUUCGCGGAACUGCUCAACGGGUCCGCGCCGAGAUGCAUCCUCCUGCUAGAGGAUGUGGAUGCCGCAUUCCGCGACCGGCAUGCGAAGAACGCUUCCGGGGGGCUGACCUUCUCGGGCCUCCUCAACGCCAUUGACGGGGUGGCAGCCCAGGAGGGCCGCCUGCUGUUCAUGACCACCAACCAUCGAGAGCUGCUGGAUCCUGCGCUGAUCCGACCGGGGAGAGUGGACGUGGACGUUAGGUUCGACCGGUGCGCAAAGGAGCAGGUGGGCCUGUACGUGCGCAGCUUCUUCAGGGACAUCACAGACGACGAGGUGGAUGCUUUCGUAGAGGCUGUUCCUUCCGGGACUCUGUCCAUCGCCCAGCUCCAAGCUUGUCUGCUGAGGCAUCGGGACUCUCCUCCGAAAGCGUUAGCCGAGUUGCGGACUCUCUUGUCCUCCAUGUGA